GAAAGAGAGAGAGAAAGAAAGAAAGGUCGUGCGACCCGGCCACGUUCCCACUGACUAACAUCGGUCUUUUUUUCUGCUUUCAGCUGCACAGAUUCCACAACGCGGAACAUGCAAGAGGAAAGACGAGAUGGCGAACCAGGCAGAACACCAACAGCCCGCCCCCAAGAAACCGCGGCUGGUUUUCACAGACCUUCAGCGCCGUACUCUACAGGCUAUUUUUAAAGAGACCAAGAGGCCGUCGAAGGAGAUGCAGGUGACAAUCGCGAGGCAGUUGGGCCUGGAACCGACGACGGUCGGUAACUUCUUCAUGAACGCUCGACGCCGCUCGAUGGACAAGUGGAAGGACGAAGACCCGAAGACGGUGGCGGUCGAGGAGGAACAGUUGUCGCCCACGAUAGGCAUCGGCCAGCGCCAACCGAGCGACGUUUUGUGACACACGUCCGACCACGAGGAGUACCACGACGAGUCGCCCGAGGAGGACCUGCCCUUCUCGUAAGGGCGGGGAAAACCACCUCGCGGGACGUGUUCUCGCCCACGCGUUCGAUCACGAGGUUCUUCGUAACUUUCGCGAGUUCCCUUUGAAUAAUCCUUCUCGGCGGUGCCAUCUCGACGCGCCUCGCAGGCACGCCCCUUGAUUUCCGCAGCACUUGUCAAAUCGGUACUUAACUCAUUCGUUCGCUCACGGUGCUUGGUUCGUUCGUUCGUUCGUGUGAUACGAUUAAGUUUCUGUUAAGCGUCUAUUGCGUUGUUGUCGAUCACGCCGAUUCACUCGAGUCCGCCGCCGGCGAAGAAUGGCGGAGCGGACGGUGCGGAGGCGGAAUUUGCCGAGUCGUGUGUGAUCUCCGUGAGAUUCGGGCGACCCGAUCACACGGACGAUUAUUCCGCGUCCGGGAGUAAUCUUCGUUUCACGUGAGAAAUUCUCCGUUGUCACCCUCUGAUUUGCCCGCCGAGAAGGAAGCGAGUCACACGCCGAAUUGACGAACGGCGAAGACAUCGAACCCUCGGAGAUCGCAGGGGGCGAGGAGGCGUCCCAGCCGCUGAUUGCGAUCCGAUCAUCACGGUCUUUCCCGCAGAUUACGUCUUACAGAAUCGAAUCUUGCGUUCUCGUUCCUAGUUAGUGUAUCGGCCGAUCCCCGCGGAGGCUCCCAAGUCAAUGCUCAGAGUCGAGCGACUCGCCCGCGCGCCGAACUCGCGAAGAGCCGCGAACAUCGCGCGACCGUCCGAUCGCGAUUUCUCCGGUUUCGUCCUCGUCGAAACAGGGACAGCCGUGCGUGUUCGCACCGAUACAAUUUCGCGCGCGCAGCGUACAAGCAAAGCCGUGUCUCGACCGUCGAAGCGUCCUGUAAUUUUAAGUAGCACCACCGGAUAAAGAGUGAGAAGGAAAGAGAGAUAGACAGAGAUAGGUGGAGAGAGAGAGACGAUCAUUCACGCGGCUCGUCCGCGUCUCGGCUUUGAGCAGCUCUCGCAAACUCCGUGCCAUAGUUUGCCAUAUUAGCGUAUAAGUUGUUCCGAUUAGCACGCGGGCCUCCGACAUUUUUUCCCUCCGUGCGUUUCUAGUCCCAAUGAGCGCGUGUACGUGGCCCUUUUCCACGAGGACGGAUAAUCGCGAGGCGAGCCCUCAAUGUUUCUUCUAGUCAAAAUUCGGAAGCUCCUCGCUUCGAGGGUCGCUUGCGCGAGAGUGCCCGGCUUUCGAGUUCGCGAGUUACGCGUACGUGCGUCGCGACGGAAACGCGACGUUCUAGUUUGUAACGCGGGAGUCGUCCGCGACCCGUCGACUUUUCCGUCGAUUUUGUUGUCUCCUUUUGUC